UAGACAAGAGAGAGGAGGGAGAGAUAGCAGGGGGGGUAAUGGAGAAAAGGAGGCAGCUUUAACAUCUUCAUUUUAGGGCCUUUUAGCGGGACUGUAACUGGGUUGGACGGCCUGGCAAACUGGGCUUUGACUUUCUGUUAGCUGAGCUCAGGAUGGUCAUGUAAAGAGUAAAAAGCAAAAAAAAGAAGUUCUCUCUGUUCCUACCACUGACAAUCAGCUUCAUAUCAAAACGCUCGAUGGCUGUUACCCAGGCCGUGCUCCCUUCCUUCAGCUCCUUCGCCAACCUCGCUCAGUCCAGCGACAAUAUGAAAGAGUGGAAGUCUGAGGGCGACUCUCUCAGCAGCAAACUGUCACCGGGCAGCUCUGAGCAGCUGCAGGUCUCCCAGCAAAUAACUGAGGAGCUCCUGGAUGAUGACAGCAGAGCAUCCUGGGACAUUGAGUUCCUGCUGUCUGAAUGGAGCAGUCCCUCUCCCGACCCCAACCCUUCUCUGGAAAACAAGGAUCAGGGACCCCCACAGUCAGACCCUCACACAGCGUACUAUGACGCCGUUGUGUUCAAGGAGCAACCAGCUCAGGAGCAUGUGCAGGUGAACACAGGCUGUCUGAUGGAGCUCUUGCCCCCAGCAGGGACCACCCCCUCAGUCCAGCCGGAGCUGUAUCGCCAUGGUUACAAUGGCGAACAAACGGGUCGGUUUCCCAGUAAUGUAGAUCAGUUCAGCUUCCCUCAGGGAGGCAGUGUGGAGAGGCACAGCAGAGGAAACAAAGUGUCAUCCUGGGACUUUAACCCUUACUACCCCCAGCAACACCCCUCCAUGGUGACCUUCCCCGACAGCAGGGUCAUCCCACAUCAAGCCGUGACCCCUGACCCGCGACACUACAGCUACAUGCCACACUUUAACCACAACCUCUUCUGUGACUACACCCACAGCCAGGCCUCUAGUCACCUGGCUCUCCACCAGCAGCCCCUGCUAAUGGGACCACAGCUGCCCCCUGGUGGGGAGGAGGUGAAGCGCAGUCGAAGGGCUGCGGGGAAGAAGAGGCCCGCCGUCCACUGCUGCGUCUACCCCAACUGCAGCAAGACCUACACCAAGAGCUCACACCUCAAGGCUCACCUGCGCACUCACACAGGGGAAAAGCCUUACCACUGCUCCUGGGAAGGCUGCAGCUGGAAAUUUGCCCGCUCGGACGAGCUGACACGUCACUACCGCAAGCACACGGGACAAAAACCCUAUGAGUGUCUGCUGUGUCAGAGGGCCUUCUCCCGUUCAGACCACCUGGCUUUGCACAUGAAGAGACACACCUGAUGCUCACACAGAAAACAAACACACAAAAAUAUACAAAUACACUCUCAUACACACUUUUAACACAUUUUUGAUAUUGGCUAUUUUUUAAAAGUUUUUUUUCUCUGAACCAAAUCAGUAAAUCAACUGAAAAUGUUUUCUAAGUAUCAUCUUGAAAUCUGCACUUAAUGAUCUGGUUAGUAGAUACAGGCCCACAUGUAGAUAAGCAACAUGAGAAUUGAAACACAACAAUUAUAGGCUUGUAUUAAAAUUACUUUUUAUAUUAUUUUGUUUACACAUUUUAAAUUGAUUUGUGGUUAAAAAGAAAUAUCGUAUUUUACACUCUUCGAUCUGUGUUUUCCCUUUAAUGUGACAGUCUAGGUUUCAGAUGAGAUUAAGUGAAAUCACAGUGAUUAUUUAUACAUCAAUAAAACAUAUCUUUAGAGAUUUCUAAAAUGUAAUUUAAUGUAAAGAGAUGAGGUGGUUCUCUCUUUGUCUUUGACCUAAAUAAAAAUAAUAAUAAAGUUAUAAAAUCAGGAUCCUUUAUAAGAGCCAGUUAGAUGAACACUGUACACUGUGGGCAUGUAUUCAGAAACCAUUAACACUAACAUAAUACCCACCUACAAAAUAAAUAUAAUUUAUUUUUUGUGUACUACUGGUUAUAAGACAACACACAGUUGUAGUAUCUCAUGGCACGCUGAACCGAGUCAUGAAUGCCUAAUGCCUGCUGUAUUACUGCUUAUUUGAUAUCUUAUUUUGAUUUCCUGUUAGAGGUUUAGUUCUUAAUAACCUUUCUUGUAAUUCAUACAAACCAGUGAUGUGAUGACACAGUAAAUGGAACUAUGCAUUUUUGUCGCCUUCCUUUAUGUUUGUCUGCCUACAGAUUAUUAAUUUAAGAAGAACAUAUAUGCUUUUGUCUCUCGCAUCAAGCAGCAUUUAAAACUAUAAAUAAUCCGUUGUUAAUUAUCAUCUAAAAAUGCAAGCAACAUAUUUAUUAACAUACUCUUUUUUAUUACCAGAAGAUAUUAUUGUACAGUGUUUUUCUAUCCUCAAAAGAGUGCUUUAAAGUCUUUUAUUGGUGUUUUUUUAUAAUUCUAAUAAAGACCACUAAUGCUGUAA